GAUUCAUUUGCCACUUAUGUCAAUGUAUUGUAGCUAGGAACUAAGCUGGCUUGCUUUUUUGACCCGCUAAUAAGUGAACAGCACUCGCCAUGAGGACACUGUUGCACGUCUUGUGUCUCCUUACGUCCGCUUCUUCACUUCAUGGGUCCAACGUCUGCACAUCGCGAGGAGCCACCACAUGUCAACAGUGCUUGGCAGUUGACCCCAGUUGUGCGUGGUGUUUCCAAGAGACCUUUGGGAUGGGAGGGUCCGGAGUUUCCCGCUGCGACCUGAAGCAGAACCUACUGGAGGGCGGCUGCUCCGAGGCUGCUCUGGAGUCGCCUGCCAGCACGUUGGUAGUGUUGGAGGACCGGGCGCUCAGCGACAAGGCCUCGGGCGCGGCGGGAACCGUCACCCAAAUACAGCCCCAGAAAAUCCACAUGGUUCUCAGGCCAGGGGAUUCCAAGACAUUCACUGUCAGCGUGAAACAAGUGGAGGACUACCCUGUGGACCUCUACUACCUGAUGGAUCUUUCUUUCUCCAUGAAGGAUGACUUGGCUCGCCUGUAUACUCUGGGCAACGAGCUGGCCAAGACCAUGGGCAAGACCACCAGUAACCUGCGGAUGGGUUUCGGAGCCUUCGUGGACAAGACCGUGCCGCCCUACAUGUACAUGGCUCCUCCUGAAGUUAUUGAGAACCCUUGCGUUGGGAUUCACGAUACGUGCCAGGCGCAGUUUGGCUUCAAGCACGUGCUGUCCCUCACGGAAAAGGUGGCUCGCUUCACUGAAGAAGUGGGGAAGCAGCAGGUGUCGCGAAACAUUGACGCCCCGGAGGGCGGAUUUGAUGCCGUAAUGCAGGCAGUCGUGUGCAAAGACAAAAUCGGUUGGCGUUCGGACGCUUCCCAUCUGCUGGUGUUCACCACCGACGCCAAAACGCAUAUCGCCCUUGACGGACGCCUUGCUGGCAUCGUGCAACCCAAUGAUGGACAGUGUCACCUGGGUAGUGAUAAUGUCUACAACAAAUCCACCAUAUUGGAUUAUCCUUCCUUAGCGCUUCUGACUGAAAAAAUGUCGGAAAACAACAUCAACUUGAUUUUCGCCGUGACAAACUACGUUGUGCCGCUCUACAAGGAAUACAGUCAGCUCAUGCCAGGCAGCACCGUGGGAAAGUUGUCCGGCGACUCCGGGAAUGUUAUUGAGCUCAUUGAGGACGCGUACGCGAAAAUUCGCUCUAAGGUGGAGCUGGAGCUUCUGGGGGUUCCGGAGGAGUUGAAUCUGUCAUUCAACGCCACUUGCCUGAACGGUGAAGUCAUCCCCGGUUUGAAGUCUUGCUCGGGCCUGAAGAUCGGAGACACAGUGUCUUUCAGCGUGGAGGCCCAACUGAGAGGCUGCCCAGAGGAGGGAACCCGGACUUUCACCCUGAAACCUCGAGGAUUUAAGGACUCCCUGGAGGUCACGGUGGUUUUCGCGUGCUCGUGCGACUGCGAGGCGGACGCCGAGGUCGACAGCCCGUCUUGCAGCGGAGGCAACGGCACUUACGAGUGCGGCGUGUGCCAGUGCCACGAAAGGAGGCUGGGCCCUCACUGCGAGUGCUCGCUGGAGGACUACAGCCCCUCCGACGACGCCAAGUGCAUCCCCAAGCCCGGGAGCCCGCCGUGCAAUGGACGCGGGGACUGCCUGUGCGGGCAAUGUUCGUGUCGCAACAGUGACUUCGGCCAAGUGUGGGGAAAACACUGCGAGUGUGAUGACUUUAACUGCCUACGCUUCAAGGGGGAGCUGUGCUCAGGCCACGGCAAGUGCAACUGCGGGUUCUGCCAAUGUGACGCCGGCUGGAAGGGCGACAACUGCAACUGCAGCACGCUCAUCGAUAUGUGCGUGUCUAGCAUCGGUUUGCUGUGCAGCGGCCGCGGUACCUGCGAGUGUGGCGUUUGCCAGUGUACUCAGCCCGGGGCCUAUGGCGCCACCUGCGAAAAGUGUCCCACUUGCCCUGACUCGUGUACCAUCAAAAAGGAGUGUGUGGAGUGCCAGCACUUCAAGAGAGGCCAGUACACCGAAGACGAGAGCUGCAGUCGCAUCUGCAAAGACCAAAUUAAAGUGGUGACCCAACUCGAGUUCCUCUCUGAAAAUGCGGUCAACUGCUCAUACAAGGAUGAGAAUGACUGCGUGGAGCAUUUCCAGUAUUACGAAGACGAAAGCGGCAAAUCCAUCUUGUUUGUGAUAGAAGAGCCAGAGUGUCCUCAGGGUCCCGACACCCUGGUGGUGCUGUCGGCUGUGGCCGGAGCCAUCUUGCUCCUGGGCCUGGUGGCUUUGCUCAUUUGGAAGCUGCUGGUCACCAUCCAUGAUAGAAGGGAGUACGACAGGUUUGAGAAGGAACGAGCCAAAGCCAGAUGGAACACGGCCAACAAUCCACUGUACAAAGGAGCGACAUCCACCUUCACCAAUGUGGCGUACAGAGGCGCCUCCUCCAGCUGAAUGCUACUGUAACACAAGCACAAACGCCGAAUGUACUGGCCUUCCGGCAGACCAGAGAUGUGACAUGUGACGAGGCCAGCCAUAUUUAUUGCCGCAUACUGUACUAGGACCUAAACUUGCAUUGUUGGUAAAAAAAAAAAAAAAAAAACUUACUUUCAAAGUUGAAGUCACUUUUAUUUUUAUCAUGUCACAUCGUCAGUAUGUAUGCACAUUAAGUUUGCACUUGUUUGUUUACAAAAGGGUUUUUGUAAGAGAUGGCUUUUUUGUUGUUGUUGUUGUUGUUGUUCUUUGUGGUGGUUUUAGAGCUUGCUGAAAACUAUUACAGUUUGGAAUACAUUUGCUGCAAGUUCUUUUAAAAUGCAACAGCCAUCGCUAAUGCUGAAUCUUAAAUUUUUCAAGUGUGAAUACUAGGGCUGUCAAAAUUAUCGUGUUAACGGGCGGUAAUUAAUAUUUUUAAUUAAUCACGUUAAAAUAUUUGACGCAAUUAACGCACAUGCCCCGCUCAAACAGAUUAAAAUGACAGCAGUGUAAUGUCCGCUUGUUACUUGUUUUUUGUUGUUUGGCGCUUGGGUCCAAAUGAUUUUAUGGGUUAGUACCAUAAGUGAGCAUGGUGUAAUUAUUGACAUCAACAAUGGCGAGAUACUAGUUUAUUUUUUGAUUGAAAAUUUUAAUAAUUUUAAUAAAACGAAAACAUUGAGGGGUUUUAAUAUAAAAUUUCUAUAACUUGUACUAACAUUUAUCUUUUAAGAACUACAAGUCUUUCUAUCCAUGGAUCGCUUUAAGAGAAUGUUAAUAAUGUUAAUGCCAUCUUGUUGAUUUAUUGUUAGAAUAAACAAAUACAGUACUUAUGUACCGUAUGUUGAAUGUAUAUAUCCGUCUUGUGUCUUAUCUUUUCAUUCCAACAAUAAUUUACAGAAAAAUAUGGCAUAUUUUAUAGAUGGUUUGAAUUGCGAUUAUUUACGAUUAAUUAAUUUUUAAGCUGUAAUUAACUCGAUUAAAAAAUUUAAUCAUUUGACAGCCCCAGUCAAUACAUUUCUGUAUGAAAUGUGCUUGGAAAAAUGCCAAUAAAUGUUUGCUUAGGUGCACUUUAUGGCAAAGCUUUAAAUGUUGUUGUACUCUGUACAAUGACAAUAAAUAGAAGAGAAUAGAAUUGUCAUUGUCAGCAACGAAAAGAAAAUUGUGAACAACGAAAUUUGACAUGGCACUCCAGUAUAAACAUAUGUAUUUAAUUAAAAUAAAAUAUAUAAACAGGAAAAUAUAUACACUAGAGCAGGGGUCCCCAAACUUUUUCCUGUGAAGGCCACAUAACUUUUCCUUUCUCUGAUGAGGGGCCGGGGUCAGUUUGUAACAGAAAAAGUGUGACGAUUGUAGGAGUGCCUAAAUGUAAAAAAAAAUAUUGUUUUUCAGAAAGCCACAAUCAAAUAACCCUUUCUGGAUUCUUCAUGGAACAAAAGUAAAUAAAAUAAAAAUAAUAAUAUAACAUAAUAAUAAUAAAUAAUAAUAACACUGUUAAUUAAAUAGAUAAUAACCAAAUAACCCUCUCUGAGUUCUUCACAGAAAAAGGCCAGGAAAUAAAUAACACUAUUGAGGAAAAAAAAAUUCAAAAUGCUCUCUCGUAUUGUUUAGGGGGCCGGACCAAAUGUGGAGGCGGGCCGUAUCAGGCCCGCGGGCCGUAGUUUGGGGACCCCUGCUCUAAAGCUAAAAGUGAGUAAUUAUAGCUUGCUUAGACUGAUAUAUGUCCAACACAGAAAUGGUGCAAUGCGGUCCUAAUUUAGCAGUGCUAUUUGUGCAAGCCCAAG